AGAACAGUUUCGGCCCGGUGGCAGCGCUGAAAUAACACAUGAAGGAGCUGCGAAUUUCGCUCGUUGCUCGCGGAAUAAAAUAAGCAAAUAAUAGUUAAAUGGCAAUAGUGGGUCACCAACUAGCCGCCAGUUUUUUCUAACUGAUUGUGUAAUGUUCUAAAAGUGAAGUGCGUACAAAAAAGAGAACGCGUACAGUGCCGUUGAUUGCUUAAACAAAAAGUCAUCAAUUUGUUUUUGUGUGGCUUUGUUGUUUGUGAAUGCCCAGGAAAUAUUUAAUUCACACGACAGUUACUCAAGUGCCGCACGUUCUUUGUGCGAUUAAGAAAAAUAUUUUAUCGACGUUUCAGUUGGCACCCACACACUGAGCCACCCGCACUCACACAGAUACGGCUACGCGGAUACAGAUACAUAUACAGAUACACGUGCGCUCAGCUGUUGUCGAGAGCUGCUCAGCUGUAGUUUGUUGUCAUUCCGUCUCGAGAUCCAGAUCCCAGAAAAUCCCAAGGAUAUACCCCCAAAAAUCCGGACACGCAGAUAUAUAUGCCCUUGAUCCAGUCAGCAGAUAAACGAGAGCACUAGGGCAUCUCGCGAUUGUCACCGUACACACAGAAUAACCCAGAUCAGCAGUCAUGCCGAAAGAUGGUCACUCACGUAAGCCACAAAAGAGGGCGUCCAUCGCAGAGGAAACUCCUGUCUCCGAUUCCACAACUCCAGCCACAACAGCAUCACCCAGCUCACCCAGCAGAACUGCUGGCCACUCCACCAUCGGUGCUUUGGUCAGCAACCUGCACCACCAUGACAUUCAGUCCCUGCAUCAACCACUGCUGGAGAGCGAGGAGCGGGUGAUAGUCGCGGUUAACCACAGGAAUCCUCGCCAGCCACAUCGGAGUUAUGGGACCGAGCGGAAGCCGCACAGUUCCCUGCCCCGUUUCGUGAUCAACAUUGAGGAGGAGACGGAUGCAGCGGUGGCUGCGGCUGAGGGAAAGAGCAGUCCCGCUCCUAACCAGGAGCACGAGGAGCACUCCAACCAGAGUCCUUCCCGCCGUUUCAGUCACUUCAAUCUGGCCCUGCGUCGCUUCUCCCACAUCCAUGCCCACAACAUAAAUCGCUUCGGAGACUCCAUGGGUUCGCUGGGACAUCGUGCCUUGUUGCAGUACAUCGAUAAUAAUGAUAUAUCCGGUCUGCGCGCCAUUUUGGACAGCCGACAUCUUACCAUCGAUGAUCGGGACGAGAAUGCCACCACGGUGUUGAUGGUAGUUGCUGGACGAGGCUUAACUGCCUUUGUUCGCGAGUUCCUGGCCCGCGGUGCCGAUGUUCAAGCGGAGGAUCUGGACAACUGGACGGCACUGCUGUGUGCCUCCCGAAACGGGCACUUAGAUGUUGUCCAACUGCUGCUGGACCAUGGCGCUGAAGUGGAGCAUCGCGAUAUGGGUGGCUGGACCAGUUUGAUGUGGGCAGCUUACCGUGGACACACGGAGCUGGUGCGACUGCUGCUGGACAAAGGAGCCGAUGGCAAUGCCCAUGGUAACUACCACCUGGGCGCCCUUUUGUGGGCGGCGGGCCGUGGCUACAAGGACAUCGUGGAGCUGCUGGUGCAACGCGGCGCUAAAGUGAAUGUGGGUGAUAAGUACGGAACCACAGCCCUGGUGUGGGCAUGCCGGCGCGGAAACGUUGAGAUUGUGGAUACCUUACUUAAGGCUGGAGCCAAUGUGGACACCGCUGGCAUGUAUUCGUGGACGCCACUGCUCGUUGCGGCCGCCGGUGGCCACACAGAUUGCGUUAGUUCCAUUCUCGAGAAGAAACCAAAUGUAAAUGCCUUGGACAAGGAUGGAAUGACUGCCCUUUGCAUAGCGAGUCGAGAGGGUUUCCAGGAUAUUGCCGCCUCCCUUAUUGCGGCUGGUGCCUACAUAAAUAUCCAGGAUCGCGGAGCAGACACGCCGCUCAUCCAUGCCGUUAAAGCAGGACAUCGAACUGUAGUGGAGGCUUUGCUCAAAAAACAUGCCGAUGUGGAUAUACAGGGAAAGGAUCGCAAGACGGCCAUUUACACCGCGGUGGAGAAAGGACAUACGCCGAUUGUUAAACUCCUGUUGGCCACCAAUCCCGACCUCGAAUCCGCCACCAAGGAUGGCGACACUCCGCUGCUGAGAGCUGUUAGAAACCGCAACUUGGAGAUUGUGCACUUAUUGCUAGAUCGAAAGGCCAAGGUGACCGCUAGCGACAAAAGGGGCGACACCUGCCUGCACAUCGCAAUGCGGGCGAGGAGCAAGACGAUUGUGGAGGCCCUUCUGCGAAAUCCCAAGCACAGUCAGCUUCUAUAUAGAGCCAACAAAGCUGGAGAAACGCCCUACAACAUUGACUCCCUGCACCAGAAGACCAUAUUGGGUCAAGUGUUUGGCGCCAGACGUCUGAACACCAACGAGGACUCCGAGGGAAUGCUGGGCUACGAACUGUACUCCUCUGCCUUGGCGGAUGUGCUCAGUGAGCCGACAUUAACCACUCCCAUUACCGUUGGACUCUACGCCAAAUGGGGCAGUGGAAAGAGUUUCCUGCUAAAUAAGCUGCGCGACGAGAUGAACAACUUUGCGCGCCAAUGGGCGGAACCACCGAUUCGAACCAGUGGUCUGCUCUUCAUCGUCUGUCUUCAUGUGGCAUUGCUCAUUGGAACUAUUGUGGGACUGAGCACUUGGUCAGCGGUUGUGGGCGUGUCGGCGGCCGUCGGCUUCUUGCUGCUCGCCUAUCUGCUCCUGGCAGCUGUUAGAUACUGUAAUUACCAAAUGGACAUGCAGUGGGCCUACUCUGUGCAACACGGUCUGGAGAAGAGAAUGACAAGAUUGCGUUUGAUACUUCAGGUGGCCUUUUGCCAUCCCCCGGGACCCCAAUCGGAUUCACAGGCAAAGCCCGUUCGGUUUCACUUUGCGGAGGCCAACAGCGCUUCGCCCACAGGUGAUGGAGCAGUGGCUCAUAUGCUGGCCGCUCUCUUAGAUGCUAUAGAAUCUCACUACGGUUGGCUGGCCACGCGAUUGUACCGAGCCUUCCGUCCAAAGUGCUUAAAAGUGGAUGUUGGCUGGCGUUGGCGUCGCAUGUGCUGUAUCCCAAUCGUUUUGAUCUUCGAACUUGCUCUCGUCACCGUGGUUACUGGCAUCUCUCUCACCGUGGCCUACUUCACGUUUGCCGAUGAGAAGGAAAAGGAACAUAUAUUAGUGGCUCUCUAUGUAAUUGCUGCCGUGAUGGGCACGCUGAUCUGUACGCAUCUCCAUGUUCUGGCCAAGGUGUUUGUAUCCCUGUUCACCUCCCACAUUCGAGUACUAAAAAGGGCAGUUCGGUCCAGUGAGUCGGCUCCAUUGACUAUGCUGGGUGCCGAGGUGGCCGUGAUGACGGACAUGGUCAAGUGCCUGGACGCGUUCACCAAUCAGCAGAGCCGCUUAGUUGGCGUGAUCGAUGCCUUGGAUUCCUGCGACACGGAGAGGAUUCUCACCCUUCUAAAUGCGGUGCAAACGCUUCUUUCUUCACCUAACCGACCAUUUGUCUUGCUCAUUUCUGUGGAUCCCCAUGUCAUAGCCAAAGCAGCGGAGGCUAAUAGUCGACGACUCUUUACGGAGGGCGGAAUCGGAGGACAUGACUUCCUGAGAAACUUGGUGCAUCUGCCUGUUUAUCUGCAAAACUCCGGACUGAGAAAGGUGCAACGAGCCCAGAUGACAGCGCUGCUGUUCAAGCGAAGUGGCGGAGGAGAUUACCAGACAGACGAUGGACCCACAUUGGGUCACUCUGUAUCCGCUCGUCGACUGUCCAAUGCCUCUGAAAUAAUCUCCAGUCAGGAGAAGCUGCGCGGACCCGCCCGUGGAGGUGGUGGAAAGAAGCUGCGUCUCUCCGAAUCCGUGGCCAGCUCAACUGGUUCCAAUCUCCAUCGCCUGGGUCAGAAUCCCCAGACCGUGCUCGAUCUAUCGCGCAUUGUGCUCACGGAUGAUUACUUCAGCGAUGUGAAUCCACGAAGUAUGCGUCGCCUAAUGAACGUGAUCUACAUCACGGUGCGCUUGCUCAAGGCCUUCCAGAUUGAGUUCAGCUGGUAUCGCCUGAGUUCGUGGAUCAAUCUGACUGAGCAGUGGCCUUUGAGAGCAAGUAUGAUAGUGCUGCAUCACGAUCAGUUCAUGGACAGCAAUGCGGAUGAGAGUGUAUCGCUGCAAAGCGUUUACGAGAAAUUGCGACCCAAACUCGCUUACUUGCGAGAAGCUGCUCCACUUCUAGAGUUGGAUAGGGAUGAACGAAAGCUCGACGCCUUCCUGCAGCUGCACAAAUCAGAUUUACUCGUGGCGGAUCUCCGCAUCUUCUUGCCCUUCACCAUUAAUCUGGAUCCCUACUUAAGAAAGGUCUUAAAGGAGGAUCAGCAAACCAUCGAGGACGAGGGCUCCCUAGUGAUACAAGCAAGGCCCAGCGUUUCCAAUACAAUGCGUCAAUUCCCAGCGCCCACCACUUACGUGCCUUCGCCGCAGGCUUAUCCACCCUACCAAAUGUUCCAGAACGAGUAUCCUGCCAAUGAGUUGCGCUCCAGGAAUCUCAGCACGAGCACAGAGCCUGUCACCCCGCUCAUUAACUCACCUAGUGAUUCGUUUGGUGAUGAUAUCCUGCAAACCAAGCUGACCGAUUUGACCGUUGAGGGAGUCAUCAGCCUGCUGGAUCGGAUUGAGGACAUGAAGCCAGCGUUGCCCAAACUAGCGCCCGUGCUCCGCGAGAAUGCAAUCAAUGGACGUGUGCUGAAGCACUGCGAUAUGCCGGAUCUGAAAUCGGUUCUGGGCCUGAGCUUUGGCCACUGGGAGCUGUUCCGCCUGCUGAUCACCACGUUGCGGGAAUGCGAGCGAUUGCCACGGAAGCAACAGCGUCAGCAGCAGCAGCCGGGUGCGUUGGAGGCACCAUCGAAUGUCCCGAUGAUUAAGGAUGUGACGGAUGCCCUGAUGCAGCCACCCAGAGAGUCCCUCUCGCGAAAGAACUCCGUCAGUCAUAUGGAAAAGCAGGUCACGCUGGAGGAGCAGAUGAUCUGCGGCACCUUGCAGACUCUGAAUGAGGAGGCGUACGAGGAUGUGGCCAGUAGCGAGCGACCGAGUCCCACAGGUGAGAUGUUGGCAGCAGUCGCACAACUGCAAUUAGCACCCAUCCGCGAGUCUUCCGAGUUCGGAUCGCCUUCCGACGAUCAGAAGCAGUAUGGGGUCAAGAUAAGCAACAACAACAACAACAACCAGUACUUGCAUGCGGAGUACAACCGGAGCGUCAGCUCGCAUUCCCUGCAGAGUCUGAGCACUCUGGUGGGUGCACCCGUUGGUCAUGGUGGUUCAGGUGGCAGUCACCUACACCUGGGCAAUGGUAACGAUCUGAGCGAUAGCACGCUCGAUCUAAUGCAUGUAGACUCGGUAUUUGGUGGUGGUGGUGGAGGUGGUUAUCAUCGGGCAUCGCGCCAGAUCUCGAUAAGCAGCGAGCUGCUGCACGAGUCCAGUUCCUUGCCCAUGGUGGUGGUCAUUCCCAAUGCCUCGGGCGAACAGGCCUACGACGACACCAAGCUCUGAGAGGCAUGGGGCUAACGACUGCACUUGGACAACUAUUAAAGCUGCAUGGGGUUGAGUCGUACUUACAUUUUAAAGUCUGACAAACUAAACCAUUUUAAUGGCUGGACCAAAAACCAAUAUCAUAUCAUCCGAAACACGAUUUCUCGUAUUACUUGUUUUAUUCUUGCUUUGUCAUGGUCAGUAUUAUUGACAAUUACUAAUAGUUGCGUUGUGCGAUUACUAAAUUAUUCCAAUGUUUAUAUGCCGAAGAUUAGUUAUUAAUUAUUUGCAACACAUCCCACACACAAACACACACACACACACACGAUAUAUUUAAAAUUGUUAAUCGCCCACAACACAUGAACAACUAACCUAAUGGUAUUCUAACCACUCCACUAAAUCCUAUGUCUAUCCCUAGCGUUAGAUGAAGCAUCAAAUAAAUGAUAAAUUUUAUGAAC